AUGGCGGUCGUGCGUUCGCCAGGAGCCGACGCACAGCUGGCGGAGCGGCUCCUCGGGUCAGUUACGGACCCGGUCGGGAUGGCACAUAGCUCCGCGCCGGUGGGUACAUCCUGUCCGGGCCAGGACUGCGUGGCCGAGGCCUGCAGCACUGAAACUAAAGACGGCGGAGGGGCAAGUACUCCGUCUGCUGACGGCAUGGCGGCGGUGCGUGACGGUGAAAGUGAAACGAGUGUGAAGGAGCUGAGUGACCCGGUGCGAGAAGCGCGCGCCCCCCUCGUCGACCUAACGGAAGCUGCGGUGGAAGCGCAGGAGGGCCGCGCAGGGGACAGUGAGGGCCAGUGCGAGCCGGAGUGGUCCGCACCGGAUGACGAGUCGCGAGAGCGAACGCCGGUUCUCAGGGAGAGCGAUGCGCCCGAGAUCAGGAGCUCUGUCUCGUCGGAAGUGACCCCUGGGAAAGCUCAGGAAUCUGUGCUUAGUGUGGAAGGGGGGCCCCUGUCACCUCAGGAGCUGGGCACUGGGCUGAGCAAGGAGCUGGAGGGGAGAGAAAGUGGCGGAACUCGGGGUGAGAUGCAAGUGAAGCAGCGGAAGAGCAGGCUGGUGUGUCGCGAGUGUGGGAAGCGGUUCACUCGCCGGGAAACUUUCAACCUGCACCGUCAUUUCCACACACACCAGGACGAGCUGGCGUCCCUCACAUGCAAGGACUGCGGUCUCACGUUCCAGCACCGCAGCAGUCUAAUUAAGCAUCGCAGUGAGCACAAGGAGAAAGCUUUGCUCGCAGGACUGGAGGAGAAGAGACCCCAUGGCAGGGAGGGCCGGAGCCUGCAGUGCGAGCACUGUGCUGAAACGUUUCCCACGCUCGGAAAGCUGAGGUGCCACCCCUGCCGACGGGCCCCAGAGAAGCCAUACAGGUGCCCUCUGUGCCGGCGGGAGUUUCAGUACAGGGUCUCAGUCAAUACGCACAUGCAGACCCACUCCCUGGACACUCCCUUCCGUUGCUUGGAAUGCAACAAGGGCUUUCCAUGUGGCUUGACUCUGCGCAUCCACCAGAGAUCGCAUGCCGCCCUUAAACCCUUUGAAUGCCCAGACUGUGGCAUGGUGUUCCGCCACCGCUCUGUCAUGGAGGACCACCGCCGCAAACACGCAGAAGAACGAACACACCACUGCAACCUGUGUGGUAAGCGCUUCAAAUACAGCAGUCUUCUACAACAGCACCAGUUCCUGCACACCGGUCAGAAGCCGUUUCGCUGCCCGGACUGUGGCAAGACCUUCGCCUUUGCCCAGAACAUGAGGGCGCACUGGCGGCAGCAUCGUAAAUGUACCCACCGCUGUCUUCGCUGUUCACUUUCCUUUCUGGACUUGACCAGCCUGCAGGCACACAUGCUGAGUCACGGGACAGUGGAAGUUUCAGCCACCAGGAUGAGUGCAAACAGCAGGAGCGGUGUACAACGCAUUAACUCCUGUCCUCUCUGUCCCCUCACCUUCCCGGAUGUGGCAAGCUUAAAAGCACACAUGUUGAUCCAUGAAGCUGAUGAGGCAUUUGGUGGAAGGGGCAGGGGUACUUCAAGUAAUGGUGAGGAUCAGGACACGACCACAUUUGUUUGCCCUUGCUGUCAUGUUACAUUGCCAGACCAGAGAAGCUUAGAGAUACACAUGGUGAGCCACAUAACACCACAACAGGCAACAAAUGUGUUGAGCAGGGUUGCUGUAAAUAAUGGUAUGGAAGUACUAAGAGGAAACUGGGUUGAUCCACUGAGCAGGAAAAUGCUGAAGUGUAUUGAAUGUGAGAAAACUUUCCGCCACCGCUCCGUGUUGGAGCUCCACAUGCGAAUACAUUCCAGGGAUAAACCUUUCCAGUGCAAGGUGUGCGGCAAGGCCUUCAAGUUCAGCAGCUACCUCCAGCAGCACCUGAUCAUUCACACUGGUCAGAAACCCUUUAAGUGCCCCGACUGUGGUAAGGACUUUGCUUUCCUGCAAAACAUGAAGACUCACCAGAGGCUGCACCAGCAGAAGCCGUACCGCUGCACACAGUGCCGCAAGGGCUACAGUGAGGAAGGUGAACUUCGACGCCACAUGGUGUCUCACACUGGUGACAAGCCUCACAAGUGCCAACUCUGCGACAAGAGCUUUGGCCUUGCAUACCUGCUGCGUGACCAUUUGAACACUCACACUGGGGAGAGGCCUCACCGUUGUUCCGAAUGCCACAAGUCCUUCCCAUGGCUUAGCAGCUUGCUGGUACACCAAAAGAUCCAUGCCCGCAAACGUCAAGGACUCAGUCAACCAUUUUCCUUGCCCUUGGCCCCCCAGAGAGGCAGGGGAAGGGCCAGAGGAACCAGGGGCAGAAGAGGAAGCAGGUGGGCAUCUAGUUGGCCCAGGUGGGUGGGAGGAGAAGACAUGGCUCCGCCUUCUUCCUUGCUUGGGUAUGCAGGCCAGAUAUCCAGAGAGCAGGACUGGCACAGAAGAAUGGCUCAGCAUCAACAGCCCCCCUUUUUUACACCCCACUUGGACAUCUGUGGUCAGUGGCGACAGCAACAGUGUCAAUCUAAAGCACAAGACAGGCCAGUUCCCCAAGAGAAGCAGCCUGUGAGCUGGGCUAGUGCAGCUAGAUCAUCACCAGUGGUGCGAGCAGCAGUUCAGUGUGAAGAGUCUUAUUGUCAUCAAGUAGAUGGAACUGCAGCAUGGGGACUCAAGACACAUCCAGUCACAACUCGGAGUGUUUCUCAUUUGGAGAAAUCUGGGCACAGGCAAAAGCAGCAAGAGAAUCUGAGCUGGGCCAGUGGGUCAGCAUCCACACAAGUGGGCCAGUCGGCAGUUCAGUUUGAUGAAGCCUAUUCUCGAGGCAGUGAAAAAGGUGGUGUGUGGACACUUGAAAAGUCUCCCACCGUGGCCCAGAACCCUCAGGACAACCCUGCAGAUGGACAAAAGCAGCAGCAACACCAAGUAAGCUGCACUGACACACCCAGAUCGACUGCAGAGAGCCAGCCUGCAGUCCAUUUUGAAGAGUCCCCUCCUUGUAGGGAGGAAAGGAAAGCUAUGUUGGACUCCCCAGCACCUCCUGUCCAACCACAGACCCUCAGCCCAUCAGAAAAAUCAGGAGGCGGGCCAAAACAGGAACAAGCUUUGGUCAGGGUUAGUACAUCCACUUCAACACAAGGAAGCCAAGCCUCAGUUCUGAUUCAUGAAGCUCAGCACCCAGACGGAGAUGGAACUGCAGUGCAGGGCAUUCAGACGUCACCAGCUGUAACUCAGACUCUGAACCGUGCAAGCAAACAGCAGCAGCACUCAGGGGAAGCAGACCCUCAAGGUCCCACAAAGCCACUGACUCCAGUUACUUUGUCACCUCCUCAGUGCAGUCAUUCUGAUGUAGCCGGCACUCUCGCACCUUCAUCCCAGAACAGCUAUCUCACACAGCAGAAUGUAAUCUCUGAGGAGCCAGCCAGCUCUCAGACUUUACCACCAGUGCAGGCAGCACAGCCUGCAGAAACUUGUCAACAGGAUGGUGCUCUCCAUUGUGCUGCUUUGCCAUUUGCUCCAAAUCCCCUUCUUCAGUGCAUGAUUUGUGGUUGUUCUUUGCCACGGGAACUAGACUUGCACAUGCAUUACAUGCAGCAUGCACAGGGGGAUAUUUGACUGUGGCACUCAUGGAAAUGGCCUCAUUUUACUCUCUGGUGUAUAAUAUUGGCUUUUUACUGUAACUGACAUUUUCAUCUGCCAAGUGGUCAGUGUAAGUUUCAUUGUAGCUUCGAAUGAAGAGUGUACAUGUGUUUAAGGACUUAAAACACAGCAGCUGAUAAACAGGACAGGCAUAAGUUCAGUAUGCUCCUGAGAUUUUUCUGUUAGUUUUUUCUUUGGGACACUAUUGAUAUUAUACAAGCAUCUUUUUCGUGUUCAUAU